AAUUCCCACAAGAGGAAUAUCGUAAGGCUAAAAAUGAUCUGCUAAAUUCUGCCAAUGACGAUAAGGUUCGUGAUAAAUCCAAAGUCCUUGAUAUCGCUCGUCAAAUUGACGAAGAGAGGCGAACACAUGAGCAACACGUAAGAAAUGUUAAGAACCGAUUAAAGAUCGAGAAAGAUCAUUGGUUUUCCGGACAAUUCACUAAUCGUCAAGAUAUAAUAACACAAUUUUGGCAGUAUUGCCUUUUCCCUCGGCUGAUUACAAGUGCUGAUAAUGCCGUAUUUUGUGCUAAAUUCAUUGAAACUAUGCAUGAAAUUGGCACCGCUAACUUCUCAACGCUCACAUUAUAUGAUCGGAUCUUUGCAGACCAAGUGCAACCAUUGAUAUUUACUUGUUCUGAAUCUGAGGCACGGAACUACGGUGCUUUUCUUCAAACAGUUUUGACAUCCCUUAAUAAAUUGCACAAAAAUCCACAAGAAUAUGAACAUAAAGGUAAAGGAUCGGGGAUUCCAGGAUUCCAAAUGAAAUGGUCUGCACAUAAUCGCCAGCCUACCAGCAUUUCCGAAACUGAUCUACUCCAAUAUGAAGACUUUAGACGUGUAUAUUAUAAGUGGCACUCAAAACUUCUUAAGGCUUUUGAACAAGGUCUUCAAUCUAUGGAAUACUUUUCAGUUAGGAAUUCUAUUAUUGUCCUUAACGACAUUGUGUUAUAUUUCCCGGCUAUUGAUACUUUCGGAAAGAAACUUCAAGACAAUAUUGAUAAAAUUGUUAAAAGUGGAAAUCCCGACAUUUUAACUUUGGCUAUAAGUUAUUCUGCUGUAUUAAAGGGGAGGCAACAGUUUUGGGUGUCUACUCGAUCAUUUCAAAAGCCAAAAAGCUCCAACGCCACGGAUUCAAUACCAAAUGAUGAAAGAUCGAUGAAACAUGACGAGAGAACUGAAAAAAAUGGUCCAUCAUCUCCUUCACAAAGGACAACUCAAGUUUUAGAAGCCUCACGAUCAAGUCCUUUAUCAAAUGUGAGAGGUGAUAACUUAUCACCUUCUCAUUCAACUGUUAGAACUAAUAGUCCACGAAGGCAAAUACAUCCAUUACCUGACAAGCCUUUUAAUAAAAAAGACCGUGAUAGGGACCGAGAGAGAGAUCGUAUCAAAGAUAGAAAAGAUGCUCAAUUUGAACGUGAAAAAGAAAUAAAGAAAAACGACUAUCACGACCGAGACAAGGAAGCACAAGAAAUUCCCCGAAGUGGUAGUGAUGAUAAAAAGGAAUUGAUGAUUCGUAAUAAAGAAAGACUGCCCAUUGAUGAUCGGAAUAAAAGAAUUGAUCAUCAUCCUCGUUUACGAGAUCGUGAAGAAAAAAUUAAGGAGAAAGAACGAGAAAAACGUGAUGAAAGACGCGAAGAACGACGUGACAAAGGCAAAGAAAAAGAGCGAGAAAGAAGACGACAUAUUGAAGAUCCUGUUAUUCGCAGACCACGAGAUGAUCGAGAAAUCAUGGCAACACAAAGAUUUUUAAGCAGCAAGAAGAGAGAUCGUGAUGAUAGAGACCGAGAUGAUGAACCGGAAUUACCAGUUCUUUCAACCAAGAAGAGAAAUAUUGAACGGGGCAUCGAAAGUCUCGCUGCUACCGUACCUCCCCGUCCACCCAUCAAAUUAAAUCGUUCUGUGGAGCAUAUCAAUGAUUUGGUUUCUUCAAUGCCACUCGCACCAAUGAGUGGAAAAAGAAGUGAUAAGCGUGACAAUCGAAGAAGAUAUUAA